UUGUUUGUCUUUGUUCCAUGAUUCACAGAGUUGUUGGUUAUCUUCACUUGGUUUUCAAAUGAAAAUAUGUUAAUGGUGUUUCAUUUAUAAUCGCACAGUGUUAACUAGUUUUCUGGGCUACUUUUUUGGGACAACUCGACUGUGGAGAUGGAGCUUCUGAGAUUGAAAUGUUUGUAAUUUUGUCCUCGGAAAUUCAUAAGAAGGUAUGCUUUGGUUUUAAGAUAAUUAGUGAGGGUGAAGUUAAGAAAAGAUGCCCCCUGAGAAGAGAAAUGUGGUGGUUGGGAUUCGAUUAGACGGGCAAAGCAGGGAUUUGCUUAGUUGGGCUCUUGUAAAAGUUGCAGAACCUGGUGAUUGUGUUGUUGCACUUCAUGUCUCCCCCAGUUUUGAUAAUGCUUUGGGAGAGAAUUUGUUGUUAGAGGCUUAUUUAGAAGCAUAUGAAGACCUAUGCUCUAUGAAGAAGAUAGGUCUUAAAGGCCAGAUUUUCAAAGGAAAUUCAACUCGAAAUGUUUUGAUUCGAGAAGCAAACAACUAUGCUGCUGUAGCUUUAGUUCUCGGCACAGGCAAACAUUGUGCACUCGGGGGUUGGACUUCCACUGCUCAAUAUUGCGCAAGAAGGUUGCCGGCAACGACUGAUGUUGUCGCUAUCUACAAUGGGAAAUUUGUCUUCAGUAGGUCCAACAAUAAUCAACUGCCAGGUUUUACCGGUGAUCCAAGACCAAGUCUUUGUUUGAUUGAAAACAGUGUUGCUAGAGAAUGGGAAUCAGAAUAUGGUGAUUCCGAUGUAGGGUCAGAGAUAUCGAGUUUUGAAGGGAUUCAAAGCUUGAAAGAUGAAUCAAGAACCAGUAGUGAAGAUCCGAAGAUAUCCCAGUCCAUUUGGGUUCCUGAAGGUAAAUAUAUAGACUGUAAGCCUGGCUGGCCCCUCCUCCUGAGGACUGCUUGUCCAGCAACACCGCAAGCAAAGCUAGCCAGGAGUAUCUCAGUUGUUAACUGGGUAAUGAAUUUACCGAGUCGUUCGCCUUAUCGUAGUCCUAGAUGUUCUACCAUCAAAGAAGAGCCAUUGGAAGUUGAAUUCCGUGGCAGUGAAGAUGAGAAUAUGUCAUCUGAAUUGCGGAAACACUUGGAGAAACUCUUGAAAACGAACUCAUCUAAUUGCAAGUGGUUCACUUAUAAUGUCCUCAAAGCUGCAACAUCCCAAUUCUCCCCAGAGAAUCUGAUCGGAAAAGGCCCCAGCAACCUUGUUUACAAGGGUAUCCUCCCGGAUGACAAGGCUGUUGCUGUUAAGAUUCUCAAGUCAUCAAAAGAGGCCUGCAAAAGUUUCGCCAAUGAAAUUGAAAUAAUCAUGUCGCUGAAUCAUAAGCACGUCAUGCCUCUAAUCGGUGUGUGCAUUAGCGAUCACGAGCUAUUAUUUGUCUAUGACUUAUCAUCCAAGGGAAGCUUGGAAGAAGUUGUGCACGGAAAGAAUAAAGAAAAACAUGGGUUGACAUUGGAAGUGAGAUAUAAGAUUGCUGUUGGGAUUGCUGAAGGCCUAAAUUACCUACACAACCAGUCUCCUCAACCUGUUAUUCAUCGUGAUGUCAAGUCUUCAAACAUUCUUCUUUCAGAUAAGCUUGAACCAAAGUUAUCCGACUUUGGGCUAGCAAUAUGGGGACCAACUGGUUCAUCAUUUUUCACACAAACUGAUGUUGUUGGAACAUUUGGGUAUUUAGCUCCAGAAUAUUUCAUGUAUGGUAAACUUUGUGACAAGGUGGAUGUGUAUGCUUUUGGUGUUAUUCUACUUGAACUGCUGUCCGGGAAAAGACCAAUAAACUUUGAGAACCCCGAGGGCCAGCAGAGCUUGGUCAUGUGGGCAAAGAAAAUAAUAGAGAGCAAGGAUAUGAAGCGGCUACUGGACCCCGACUUGAAUGGAAACGUGGACGAGACUCGGAUGCAUAUACUGGUUGGAGCAGCAACCCUGUGCAUAACUCAAUCGGCUCGACUCCGGCCGAAGAUGAGUGAGAUACUGGAGCUCUUAAGAGGGGAAACAACUGUUGCUCGCAAAAUAGCAGACCAACAAAAAGACCAAGAUCAAAAUGAUGAUGAAGUUUAUCCGAAUUCCAAGGCAGAGUUACAUUUAAGUCUUCUUGAUGCUCGAUGAUUCAUUUCCAUGGAGGAAUAUUUAAAAGAAAGAUGGAGGCGAGCGAGUUUCAAUUACAUUACUGCCAUGUCAAGAACUAAAAGCUGACAGCUUGUGGAAAACCCAGUUUUGGGAAUGUCUAAAAACAUGAACAGUUGGGUAUUUAUGCUGUGCACCGGUUAAAAAACAACUAAAAAUUAACU